GCCCACGGAAUAUAUUGAUGGAAGGCUGCACGACCGACACCGGUGUUGGUGGGCAGUGAUGAACAUGCGAGAAGAGGCUUCGGCGGCCGGCGAGCCGCUGCUGGAGGUGGCGCCGGCGAGUAGGAGAGUGGGUAGUGCUACGUGGGCACAGACGCUGGGGAAUAUCGUAGUAUCCGUGGUGGGGACUGGGAUGCUUGGCCUCCCCUAUGCCUUUCGCAUCGCCGGCUGGCUCGCCGGCUCUCUUGGCGUCGCCAUCGCCGGCCUCACCACUCUUUACUGCAUGAUUCUUCUCAUCGAAUGCAGAGAGAAGUUAGAAGAAAAAAAUGGGUCUGUUUAUAUCCAAAGUUAUGGAGAUUUGGGUGCAGAAGCAUUUGGAAGAACAGGCCGCUACCUCACUGAACUCCUCGUCUUGGUCGCCCAAGCAGGAGGUGCUGUAGCUUAUCUUAUCUUCAUUGGUCAAAACCUCUCUUCUCUCUUGAAUGACACUAGCAAGCAUCCAAUCUCACCUGUGAUCUUUAUCUUCCUUCUCCUUCUCCCUCUUGAGAUUGCACUCUCUUUUAUUCGGUCUCUUUCUACACUUGCUCCUUUCAGUGCCUUAGCUGAUGCCUGCAACAUCCUUGCUAUGGCAAUAGUUAUCAAAGAAGAUUUCCAGUUAUUUAAUAGUUUUUCCACUAGGAAAGCCUUUGGUGAGGUUUGGGGUUUGCCAUUCACAGCUGGUGUGGCAGUCUUUUGUUUUGAAGGCUUUAGCAUGACCUUGCCCUUAGAGGCAUCAAUGACCAAUCGAAGGCAGUUCCGCUGGGUGCUUUCUCUAGCAUUUACUGGGAUUACUCUUGCUUAUAUUCUUUUUGGCAUUUUUGGGUACUUGGCCUAUGGAGAAGAUACCAAAGACAUCAUUACACUUAAUUUGCCUCAAAAUUGGUCUUCUGCAACCGUCAAGGUUGGACUGUGUGUUGCUCUGUUGUUCACAUUCCCAAUUAUGAUGCACCCAAUCCAUGACAUCAUUGAGUCGAGGCUCAAGUCAAGUGGAUGGUUUCAGAAGCUCAGUUACAAUGUAAGAUGUGCAGAAUGUGUAGGCUUGUAUGGAGCUCGCAUCAUCAUGGUGAUGCUUCUGGCCACAGUGGCUUCCUUCAUCCCCGGCUUUGGAUCAUUCGUCUCUUUUGUAGGGAGCACCCUGUGUGCUCUGCUCUCAUUCGUGUUACCAGCUGCAUUUCACCUCACUUUCAUGGGCUCUUCAUUGAACAUAUGGAGGAGAGCAUUGGACUACUGCAUCCUUCUUGUUGGCGUGGUUUUUGCUGGACAUGGCACUUAUGCUGCAAUCUCAGGUCACUGAUUCUGUUGAUCCCAUUGUUAAGUGAAAAAGCAUCAGGCUCAUAGCCAUCUCACGUUCUUGUGCCGGGUUCUUUGAUUAAUCCCAUGUAAGAGUGGCUGCCUUAUUUGAUUUAUCUGUGGUAAGGUAAAUGUAAAACGCUUGUUGAGCAGAUUACCAAAUUUGAUGUUGAUUCAUUCAAACGUUCAUUAAAUAAAGUCUGGAACUAUAUUUACAUACAAA